UGGGUUUAUGGUUAUAGCUGUGGUGGGGCUACUGGAUAUGGUCAUGGAUACGCGAUAAGCUGAUAGGCAGGAGGCAUUCUCCAGGGAUCGUUAUAAAUAGGAGCCCAUGGGUCGGCCGCCUCGUAGACAACUCGAGAAUGGCGACGGAUAAGUAUGCGCCACCGGAUCAGCAUUCGUGCACAGCUCCGGACAGCAGCUGGCUGAGUCGAGGCCACAAGAACCAGCCGCAGUGGAAUGCCCUCGGCGCGGUGUCGUUCAUCCUGAUUUCGGGGGGCAUGAGCCUGGCCUGGGGAGCCGGCUUUGCCGUCCAUUCCGCCCAUCGCGAAGAGCUGCUGAUGACGUCCCACAUGGAGGUCUCGUGGUAUGCGGCUGCCACCGUUGGGGCAGUACUCGGGGCACUCUGCACCCAUCGCCUACCCCUGCAGCCCGUCUAUAUAUUCGGAUCCUGCCUGGUGCUGGUCUCGGGCAUACUCUUCCUGGCCUGCCACGAGUGCCCGGCGGCCAUCAUCACAGCCCGCUACCUGGACGGACUGGCCAAUGGGCUGGUGUUUGUCCCAGCCAUGGCAACGGUGGGGGAGAUCUCUGUGCGCGGCAUGCGCGGACUGCUGGCCUCCACGGUGGAGCAGCUGAGCUGCAACACUGGCAUCCUGAUGCAGCUGCUGUACACGGCCGUGUGGCAGGUCGACUGGAACGUGACGAUUGCGGCCGACCAGGUGCACGGAGUGCUCAGCAUUGUCUACGGCGUGGUAGCCCUUGCUCUGGCCUCGACGCUGUGCGUAGAGUCUCCGGUCAACCUGCUGCUCCGCUCCGAUGAGCAGCAGGCGGUGGCAGCUCUGCGGCACCUCCAACGACCCUACAUGGUCACAAGUGAGACCCUGAUCCAGCUGGACGAGCACAAGCACUAUGUGGCCACCAAUCGAGAGAUGAGCUGGUGGCAGAGCGUCCGGAUGGGACUGCCCCCGCUCCUCAAGCUACUGGCCCUUCGAUCCCUCAAUGCCCUCUGCCUGACGCUGGUCGUGUGGAGUGCCCUCUACGAGACGGCCGUCCAGGUGGCGACCCACUAUCAGGCCUGGCCCUAUGUGAUAUUCGGUGUGAUGCGGUGGUGUGGCUGCUUCUGCGUGCUUCUCCUCGUGGACACCACAGGCCGCAAGAAGCCCACGUUGUUUGGCUGCUUUUCCUGCGGUUCCUUCGCCCUCGCCUUUGCCACCCUGUUUGGGCGCACUCCGCACAUGAUAACGGCCCUCGCGCUGCUGUUCAGCCUGCAGUUCUUUGCUGGAUUGGGGCAAACAGCGUCGGCGGUGUAUCUCACGGAGGCCUUUCCCCUAGCCGUAAAGCCCCACUAUGUGGCCGUGGUCUAUGUCAUAGAACUCUUCCUGCGACUCAUCUUCUGCAGCUUCGCGCCUAGUCCUGCUGGAAUUGUUGCCUACUUCUAUGUCCUAGGAGGUCUUUCCAUAGCAUUUUUCUUCCUGAGCAUCUUCUGCCUGCCGGAGACGAGGCUCACGACGCUGUCGGAGGCCCAGCACAAGUUUAGCAAGUGGUUUAACAAGGAUUUCUAGGAUCUAACAUAUAUACUUGCCAAACAAAAAUGUGGUUUUAUUGGUUAAAGAAAAUGCCAAAAAUGCUACAAAAUAAAUAAUAAUAAUAAAAAAUAAAAUACUACUCCAUAGUUUGGUAAUAGUGUACAAUUAUGAAUAAAUAACAUAUGAAAAUAAUAAUAAUAAUACAAAUACUAAUAAUAAGGUCCCAUAUCCCUUGUGUAAAUCACCCAAUUGAUUAGUUAUAGAGUUACCCCGAACCAAAUGAUUCAGCUGCGAUUGUGGAUGGCAACAAAAACACAGCUGGGGAAGCACACGAUCCGCAUCUCGGACGGCCCACCACUUGACGGUGCCGAUGGCUUCUCUCCAGCCAACAAAAUAGGUGGCAUUUGAUAGGGGAAAAUAGUACAGUACACCAUAAUUCACGAACACAUCGGUAAGAGUGCUUAUCGGCCGGCAGAAUGGCAGAACGAUUCGGUCUCUAAUACCGUUUGGGUGUCUUAUCAAUGCCAUUUGAACGAUAA